CGGGCGGGGGAGGGACGGAGCCCAGCCUGGCCCCACUUCCACCAAUCACAGGCUGCCCAACGAGUCCGUCGGGUUCCGAGUGCCGGGAGAGACCGAGCCGACUCGGCAAGAGGCGGGGAUUGCGGAAAAGUAGAGCCAAUAGGAGCAAAGCCUUCCCGCCCCUCCGCCUUGAUGGAUAGCCACGUUCUGACCAAUGGGGCAAUUCUCAUUUCGAAGAAAGCGGGACUUGGUAGCCCUGUUCGGAAGAAAGGUUGCGCGCAGGGGGAGGGUCUAGGAUGGACCUCGUGGAGGAACCUUGACAGAGCAAGGGGCCAGAGGGUGUCCUUUGACCAGUGCACGAAGUCACGUGGGAUGACCGGGGGCGGGGGCGGAAAAGCCGGAUAAGUUACUUCCGGGUCAUGACAAGUGUAAACCCGGUCGGAUAGCGCUUGAUCUUCCCUGCAACUUCUCGUCCGGGAGCGGGGUGGUCGUGGUUUCGGCGAUGAGUUCCCAGAAGGGGAACGUGGCUCGUUCCAGGCCUCAGAAGCACCAGAACACGUUUAGCUUCAAAAAUGACAAGUUUGAUAAGAGUGUUCAGACCAAGAAAAUAAAUGCAAAACUUCAUGAUGGAGUAUGUCAGCGCUGUAAAGAAGUUCUUGAAUGGCGUGUAAAAUACAGCAAGUACAAACCACUAUCAAAGCCUAAAAAAUGUGUUAAAUGUUUACAAAAGACAGUGAAGGACCCUUAUCACAUAAUGUGUAGACCUUGUGCUUGUGAACUUGAAGUUUGUGCUAAAUGUGGAAAGAAAGAAGACAUUGUUACUCCGUUUAUUAAAGAAUCAGAAAAGACAGAAAAUUUUGAAAAUAAUCUAAGUACCAACCAUAGAAGAAGCUGCAUAAGAAAUGAAGACGAAAGUGAUGGUGAUUUAGACUUUGAUAUUGAUUUAGCUGACACGGAAGAAGACAAUCAAGUGAACUAAUAUAAGUACAUUAAAUGUCAGUCUGAGAAUAUGAAGUUCUGACCAACUUGUGACUUUGAAGGCUUUACAAAAAACUAUUGUAAAAUUGGAAAACCUGUAGAAAAUAGGCACAAUUUAUACAUGGAUAACAUAAGUUGUGAGUGAUAAAAUUUGAGUGAUCACAAAGCUUUUGUCCAGAGUUUUCUUAUAAUAAAUUUGUAAGUAGCGUAUGCUAGAAUAUUUGCCAAAGUUGACUGUUGAGAUAUUAUAUUACAAUGCAUGGGAAUUAUUUAGAAAACUAUUACCUAAUAUCAAACUAAAAAUGAUUCAGAAUUGAUGGUUACAUAAGAACUACCUCAUGUAAAUAUAAAAAGACAUUAUUAUGUUGUUAGCCUUGAAAAUUGGCCCUCAGCACCUGGAGCAAAUGAAGAACACCAAAGACACAAGGUAGUUAUGAGCCCAAGAGACAGAAAGGGCCACAUAAAUCAGAGACUACAUCAGCCUGAGACCGGAAGAAAUAGAUGGUGCCCGGCUACAACCUAUGACUGCCCCGACAGGGAACACAACAGAGAAUCCCUGAUGGAGCAGGAGAGCAGUGGGAUGCAGACCUCAGAUCCUCAUGAAAAAAGACCAGACUUAAUGGUCUGACUGAGACUAGAAGGACCCCGAAGGUCAUGGUCCCCAGAUCUGCUGUUAGCCCAAGACUGAAACCAUUCCCAAAGCCAACUCUUCAGGCAGGAAUUGGACUAGACUAUAAGACAGAAAAUGAUACUGGUGAGGGGUGAGCUUCUUGGCUCAAUAGACAAAUGAGGCUAUGUGGGCAGCUCCUGUCUGGAAGGGAGAUGAGAAGGCAGAGGGGGACAGAAGCUGGCUGAAUGGACACGGGAAUACAGGGUGGAGAGCAACUAGGAUUAUAUAAAAAAACAAGGUGAAUAUAAAUUUUUGUAUGAGAGACUGACUUGAUUUGUAAACUUCCACAUAAAGCACAAUAAAAAAAAAAAAAGCCCUCAGUAAUUACAUUUU